GACCCGAGACCAGACCAAAGACCAGACCAGGGACCAGACCACUUCAGAGGACCGGAAACAUGGAUUAAAACCUUCAGGAUCCCACUAACCCACCGCACUACUGCUGACUCAUCUAAACCCUGUGCUCAGGCGCUGGUUUAGUGCUGGUUUAGUGCUGGUUUAGUCCUGGUUUAGUCCUGGUUUAGUCCUGGUUUUGGACUCAGAGGAACCAUGUCCUUCCUUCAUCUCUGGACUGUUUUGGUUGGACUGCUGCUGCUGCUGCGUGUGGACUUCUCAACGCAAAACAAAACUCAAGAGAUCCAUGUGACGUGUCUGGUGGGUGACGGGUGCCUCCUGCCCUGCCGUCUGCCCUCGCCUGCCCCACACAAGCUGCUCUGGUUCAGGCAGGACUCGCUCAUCCUCAGCCUCUCCUCGGACCUGCGGACCGUCCGCGACCCCAACGACCCGCUGGCGGGAAGAGCCGCCCUCGCCGACCCGGCCGUCGCCAAGGGAAACGCCUCCCUGCUGGUGAGAAACAGCGCCCCCAGAGACCGGGGCAGGUACAGGUGCAGCGUGACGACCGACGCCGGGGAAACCAACCAGGACGUCAUCGUCAAAGUGCAAGCUCCGAUCCGCUCCGUGUCGGUGUCGCUCUCUCGUCUGAGCGGUUUCGAGGAGAUCAAAUGCUCCGUCCGAAACGUGUUCCCGUCGCCUCGGGUCACGUGGUCCACGGAGCCGCCCACCUUCCACGACCUGCAGCCUUUGACCCGGAAGCAGCUGGACGGGUCGGGUCUGUACGCCGUGGACAGUCGCCUCAGGACGCUGGGACAGAAGGACCUGAUCUACGUCUGCACCGCCACGUCUCCCUACGGCGGCGACGAGUACAGCGCCUCCUACAGGCACCGAGAUCUCCGUGGUUACGAGGGUAAAGACCUGACCCUGCCGUGCUUCGCUCCAUCGUACCUGAACAGCCAGACGCUCUCCUGGACCUUCUCCAACAGCGACUCGCCCAAACACAUCCUGACCUACAGCGUCCAAUCAGGAGAGGCCGUGUCGUCGCAGGAGUGGGAGGGGCACGUGGAGCUGGACGGGCUGCGCGUUCAGUUCGGGGACGGGUCGGUGCGGCUCAUGGACCCGGAGGUGGAGCCUCACACGGGGACGUACAGCUGCGUGUUCUCCACCCCGAGGAGCAACCACACGGAGACCAUCGAGGUGACCAUCAGCGGCACAGGGAAACGCAGCGCUCCAGAAGAAGCCUCGUACUGGUGGGUGGUGGGGCUGAUCGUCGCCAUCUUGGUGCUGGCUCUGAUCGCCAUGUUCGUCUACCUCAAACUCAGAGGAGGAGCCACAAAGCCCAAGUCUGACCCUGAGGAGGCGACGGAGCUGCACCCGGUCAAAGAGUCGGCUGCAGAGAGCCCUGUGGCCACCGGGGGCACUAACGGACAGUCUGCCUCGGCUCUCACAUGAAGCACCUCCUGAAAACUGUAAACAUGUAAAAUACAAACAAAAACCUGAAGCUUCGCCACAGAGGAUCACACACACACACACACACACACACACACACACACACACACACACACACACACACACACACACACACACACACACACACACACACACACACACACACACACACACACACGCACACACACGCACACACACACACACACACACACACACACACACACACACACACACACACACACACACACACACACACACACACACACACACACACACACACACACACCCGUCUCUCACUGCUGCUCACAAACCCUCACAACGAGACCUGUUUAGAGAAAAGUGCACUUAUUUUUAUUAUUUUAUACAUUCACGUUCCACAAUUUAACGACGUCACGGUAUAAAUACGUCUAAAACUCCAAGAAAAAACACACAAAAGUGAUUUAAAGAGUGCGUUUUGAGGAGCGUGUGAUCAGUGCGAGCGUUCGUGGUCGAGAAAAGCGUUUGUGGAGAAGAAGCGGCUGAAACUUGGUGCCAGUUUUUGUUUCAUGUGAACAGGAUCAAGGAUUACAGAGACGUGUGCGGAUGAAAAAUCAUUUGUUCCGUUAAAUUUUGAAUUUUAAAAACAGCAGAAUUUCUUUUUUCAGAAUUUGAGUUGCUGAAAUUUUAAGUGGACUUUUUCAGUUAUUGUUCAUUUGGAAUAUUUUCGAACACCUGUGUAAAGUUUUGUCGUGUUUCGUGCUCAAAAUGAUGUUUAUGAACUAAAUGAUCGUCAAAAAUAUAUAAAAAAAAUCAGAUACUAAUGAACAGAGGUGGGACCAAAAUCCAUGUUUCAUUUGUUAAUUUGUUUUUCAAAAUAAAACCAAAAAUAAAAUAAAAAAUGAAAAAAAACAAACAAACAAUAUGUCUCCAAAACCAAAAUGAAAAAAUGGAUAAAGAUUUGUUUUUUCAGUUUUCAAUUUUGUGUUUAAAUGAAAAAUGGGAAAAAAACGGAUAACGGACUAAACCAGGACUAAACCAGGACUAAACUGUUUUCAGUCCUGGUCUGGUCCCAGUCUCAGUCCUGGUCUCAGUCCUGGUCCUGUUCCCGGCCUCAGUCCCGGUCUUGGUCCUGGUCUCGGUCCUAGUCUCGGUCCCGGUCCCGGUCUCAGUUCCGGUCUCAGUCCCAGUCUCAGUCCUGGUCCUGUUCCCGGCCUCAGUUCUGGUCCCGGUCUCAGUCCCGGUCUAAGUCCCGGUCUCAGUCCUGGUCCUGUUCCCGGUCUCAGUCCUGGUCUCAGUCCUGGUCUCAGUUCCGGUCUCAGUCCCAGUCUCAGUCCUGGUCCUGUUCCCGGCCUCAGUUCUGGUCCCGGUCUCAGUCCCGGUCUAAGUCCCGGUCUCAGUCCUGGUCCUGUUCCCGGUCUCAGUCCUGGUCUCAGUCCUGGUCUCAGUUCCGGUCUCAGUCCUAGUCUCAGUCCCGGUCUAAGUCCUGGUCCCGUUCCUGGCCUCAGUCCCUGUCUCAGUCCCGGUCUAAGUCCUGGUCCCGUUCCCGGUCUCAGUCCUGGUCUCAGUUCCAGUCUCAGUCUCAGUCUCAGUCCUGGUCCUGUUCCCGGCCUCAGUUCUGGUCCCGGUCUCAGUCCUGGUCUCAGUCUUGGUCCUGGUCUCAGUUCCAGUCUCAGUCCCGGUCAAAGUCCUGGUCCUGGUCUGGUCCCGGACCUGUUUUAGUCCUGUUUUAGUCCUGGUUCAGUCCGUUAUCAGUUUUUUCCAUUUUUCAUUUAAACACAAAAUCAAAAACUGGAAAAACAAAUUAUCUGUUUUUUCAUUUUGGUUUUGGAGACAAAUAAUGAAGAAAACUGUUUUUUUCCCCCUAUUUUCUCAUUUUUGGUUUUAUUUUGAAAAACGAAAGAACAAAUGACACAUGGAUUGACCAAGUCUCUGUUUUUGUAAGCCUCAAGUCACAGACCUCAAGUCCCAAGUCAAAUACAGUCAAGUCCAGUCGAGUCUCAAGUCACUGGCCCAUAAGUCCAAGUCAAGUCCAAGUCAAGUCCAGGUCGUCUUCUUUGAGCUUCAAGUCAUUUCAAGUCUUUAAACCAAAGAACCAAAUACAAUUUAGAUUAUAAAACUUUUAAACUAAAUUGUACUUUAAAAAGUCAUGGCGUAUUUAUAUAAGAAUGUUUAUUUUUUAUUUUAUUUAGUUGUAGAAAAGCAAAUUUUUACUUUUUAAAUGUCUUGACAAGAUCUAAGUUUGAAUCAUGAUGGUCAGAAGAGAAAGAAUUCAGACUGAAAAGAGCUAAAUAACCGUUUUUUGUGGAAGGAUCCUGUUCUGUGUCUGUGUUUCCCAAACGUUUUUUUUUCUUUUUUUCUGGAGACUCAUAUUUUAAAAGUCACAAACCUUCAUGACCCAAGUCCAUAGACAUUACUCGUAAAUCCCAAAAUAAAAAUAGAGUCAACAACCACUGAACAUUAAUGAGGAUGUUUUAUUGUUGACUGAGACAGUGUCUCUGGACACUUAGUAUAUUUACUGUAUUUUCCGGGCUCAGACUCUUAAGCCUCCAACCCCAUUAAAAAAUGACUCCGUCCCACAAUCCAGAUACACGAGUCCACGCGGGUGCAGCCCGCAGUCCCAGCACGACUUCAGUAAACUACAAACACACAAGGAGCAGACAGCGACCGCACAGACAAACACACCCACACACACAUCACUUGGGACUU